AUGAACGUAAACCUACAGAAACAGUAUGAAGAAGAAGGACAAGGAGAAGAAGAAUUACAACAACAUCAACAAGAACAACAGCAUCGGGCUAUUUGGGGACGUCUUGCUAUUGCAGAAGUUCCUUAUCCCAUUAUCGCGGCGGAUGAUGUGGUGAUAAGUCUUUACACAAACAGACUUUUAUUUCGUGUGGCCUCCUCAACGUUUACAGUAAUAGUUUUUCUUCGAGAUGUGGUACGAAUAGUAUUUUUUGCAGAAGUAAACGGUAUUGAAUUACAAGUGAAACGAGAGGAUGGUGGUUAUCGUUCCUACAUUACUACUUUUCGAGAACCUAAUGCUGCUCUUAUGUUGUAUGAUGUGAUGCUACCGCUAUUACCAUCCCAUGUGGAAGAUAGUUCCCUCGCACAGGCCGUUACUCCUUGUAUAUAUACUACAGAUUACCCAUUCUCACUACUUUCCUCAUGUACGAUGAAAGAAGCCGGAUUCUACGAAUUGUGUCCACGUAAUAUAUCUCCGCUAGAGGGAAGAGAUAUUGCAAAACAUCUCUUUUUUCCCCCAGAACACCAUUUUUUACUCUCAAACGAGCCACCCAUAAUGGCACCGUUAAACACUGCACAUCCAUCAUUAUCGUCUUCCAUAUCAUUACCACUCUCUGCACCAUCACUGAAACAAGAACAACCAGAUUUAGUUAUGAGAGAGAAUUUCAAACAACCAUCUCAACAUGUUGAGAGUCUUCAAAGAGAUUCUGAGGAUGUGAGAAGAAACUCUUUGCAGAUUCCUGUAACAGAGGUAAAAGAUCUUGAAAGUUCCCAAGAUGAACCGCGACUUGUAACGUAUGAUGUGAUAACGGGUGAACUAAAAGAUUAUGAAGAUUACACUCAUAAUGACUUCACACCAUUGUCAGGAGGUAGCGGUACAGUAGUAGACAAUAUUACUCCCAUCUCAUAUUCACAAUCACAUCCAUCACCAGGACCACAACCACAAUCAAGUAAUGAUUUGCUUCCGACCAGAGGUCCCUCUGUUGGGAUGCGAAGUACAACAUCUGGAGCACUUCGUAUUCCCCGUGGUAGUGAGACCUUUAGUUCCUCUUCUCCUGCUGUUGCUGAAGCCGCAGUAAAGAGAACAUCAGGAGGUAUUCUUAUGCCAGAAUCCCGUUCUGUUUCCGCCUAUUCACAUUGGACUGGUGUAGGCACGACCUCAGCGCCAAUGCGCCUACCACGACAGAGUUCUAAUGCGUCAUCUAAUGAUCAUGUGUUUCAUAUUUUGGUGAAUUACGGCCCCACAGAACAGUUCUGA